AGUCUUAGAUCCCGCCGAUGCCUGAUAGUGAUCUGGUCUUUGUUGGCUGCUGACGGUGAUGCUGAAUUGCUUACAUUGAAGAUGCGGUCGGUAGAGCCUUGUUGAAGGGGAGACGGUGAUUGAUUCGAGUCUACAUGCCGUCGAUGACUUUGGAUACGUGGGAUUGUGCUCUCUGUUUGGUCAGUGGGCGCUGCGGUCAGCCGUCGGCGCGCCUAAUCCUUCGAUCAUCACCUCCAUCAGCGACUGUUGCGUCCUCGAUAUCCGACGUUACGUCCUGAAAAGAAGCCCGCCAGAAAGCCACUGCGCUUAUUAGGACUGGAUGGGCUGAUAGUUUAUAUUCACUAGUUGAUGCUUGAUCUUACCCAACAUCUCCUGACACCUACAUACACCAGAUGUUGUCUCUGCACCGUUAAGAACCAGCCGUUAGCCGUUAGCCAGUUAAGACGCACACACCAGCACAACAAAGAAAUCGAGAGAGAGGAAGAGACGGUGAGGAAAAUAGUCUCUCCAAAUACGAUAUUCGACACCAUCCGACUAGUCUAUAUAAGUCUCCGCCUCGAGGUGGUGAUCAAGGUCACCUACCCAUGAACCUAGCCCCGGCGGACCAAUCUCCUAUACGAUACCAUCACAAUCACUCACUCCCACCUUUACCGCUACCAGACGACAACAGUGGUCUACAGGCCUACAUUGAACAAUCACGAGCGGCCCUACAGAGUCAGCGUGCCAGCUUCGAAUGUGAGCGCUUUGCAUUUGGUGAGGAACGUAAAUUGUGGAGUCAGGAGCGGGAACUACUCAAGUCGAGGAUAGCGAGUCUCGAGAAACAUAUCAACUGCACCCAUGUGGACAUGUCUACCGUCGAGCCUGUAAGCCAGGCCGGCAACCCUUCUUCCGCCAGCUUACGAGUCUGGGAAGGCUCAAGGCCGACAGGAAAACCAACCAGGAGAUUUCUGGACGGGACAGCAGCAGCAGGACCUUUUGCACCAGCAGCGCAUGAUCCCCCUUUUCUCCAGGUCGAUGAUCACCUCGCUUCUGGUAGAUCGCCGUCUUUAGAUGAGGCGCUCUCCCCCAGAACCCAGCCGGUUGACCGAGCACACCAUGUCGCCAUUCCUGUGGAGUUGGUAGACAGCAGCCUCGACGGCAUCACACUCAAAUCAACUGGCCUGCCUCUCAAUGUUGCCGCCAAGCUAACCUCCCCUCCUCUCUCAACCCCAAACGUCUCCUCUCCACCACAGCCAGGCACCGCCUUCACCGCCGCUGCGGAAAGUGAAUCGCGGACCCAUUACCGGACCCAUGAUGGCUGUGAUGCUGCGACCCUUCAGACCGCUCCUCCGGACGCCGGCCCUGUUGCUACUUCUUCCGAGCCCCCUGUCCAAGCGCCCGUACAGCGUCCCCGACUAACGACACAUACGACGGACGAGCAACCUAAAUUCACACCGGAUGCGGACUCACCUGACCACACCGCAGAGGUCGAAGCCGACGAGGACCCAGAACUUACCGGCCCGCUUAUGCUCCGGAAUCAUGAGGAGCACGAUUUAGACUUCCUCGAAGCGCUUGACAAGAAGCUGCUAAUGGAGGCCAAGAAAGCUGUUUCAACCAGUCCUGCAUUAUCUGACUCCGAUUCUCUGUCUGAUGCGGCGAAUCCCCAGUCGGAACCCGAGCCGGAGAUUCGUUUCAAGAAGAGUACCAAUUUCGGCACAGCCUUUGGCUCGACGCAGCAGCAUAUAGCAUGAAGUACCCCACGCUGCAGCCAUCUCAGUCUGUCCGUGCGUCUGCUUGACUACGAUGCUUGAUUUUACUUGACUCUUCUUCCCUUUUCUUUUUCUUCCGUUAGGCUAGUCAACGAACUACUCGAUUGGAUAAUUGCAUAUGUUGACCAUGUUCUGUGUUGAAUGAGCGAGCAAGCAAGCAGGCAUUCCUACAGAUUAUUCAUUAUCUCUUAUCCUCCUCAUAACCCCCUCAUCACCCCUUAUCCUCUUUCACUCUCCUUCUCUCCUCUCCAUUCAUUCGAUCCCAGUUCUUACAGCGUCUUGUAUGCAGCAUUUGGAGUUCGUUUUUGUACCAGGGACGGGCGGGCACAAAU